AUGUCGUUUAUGACUUUCAAAGAAUAUCUCCGUUGCCCGUACUGCGAUUUCGGCAGCUAUGAUUUCGAUGGGCUUGAGGCACAUUGCCAGGAUAUGCAUACCGCACAACAAGAGCGGACCGAUCCUCGGCCUAGUCAUGACGUUCACUCCGCGCCUCAGCAAGGGCUUAGCGAUGCUGAACUAGCUCAAUUACUUGCGUUUGAGGAAGCCGGACUGCCCUCCGAACUUGCCUUACAUGAAGGUUCCCAUGAUCCUUCCCUCAAUACUCGUCGAGAGAAGGAAGGUCCAGGCAGAGACUCAUCUCCGCUAUCUCCAGCUCAACCCAAAGACAAGGAUGGCAAUGAACACUCAUGGGUCGAGUGCAUCUGUGGUGAGCGGGUGCACUUGUUCGAACUCGAUGCCCACGCCGACAUGCACGCCCAAGAGAGUGUGUCUGGUAUCGAUAUCGACGUAUCGGCCGAAGCGCAGACGGCCCCUCCGCUAACCAUCAAGGAUUCCCCACCUGAUCCUGCCGACUCUUUUACUACAAACAUAUCUAAUUCGAUCCGCAAUGUCGAUAAAGCUAGGAGUCCCCCAAGCAUUGGCAGGAAACGAAUCCCAUCCCUCAAAGAGAUCCUUCUAGGCACACCAGCGUCACCAAAGGGCCAGUCAUCAUACAAAGCGGUAUCCUCAAAACAGGGAAAGACCCGACGUUUAGGUCGUGCUGAACUAGGUCCCUUUGCCCAUGAGCGCCAAAUGCCUGCCUGGCUUCUUCGAAUGCUUCAAGACGGAGCUAAAGUCACCAUCACUAACAGAAUUGGUGCUGACGGCACUUUGCAACGAGUUGAAACGACAGCCAAUGAAACUCCUGGACUGGUUCCCAUACUGGCACGCCUUUCUCAGCUUGACAAAACCGUCGAGCGUGCCUUCUAUUGCAGUCCCGGUGUCUGCCAUGUGGCUAAAAUGGCCCGGGAAGGAGGCUUUUGCGGCUAUCGAAACAUUCAAAUGUUGAUAUCAUACAUUCAGGAAGCCAAAGCCACCGGCUCGGCACACUUCCUUGGCGGAGUUCCCAACAUCCUCAAACUCCAAGAUCACAUUGAGCAUGCUUGGGAUAUAGGAUUCAAUUCAGUUGGGAGGAUUGAGACGGGAGGCAUCAAAUUCACCCGCAAAUACAUCGGAACACCUGAAGCACAAGCUUUAUUCAUGAGCCUUGACAUUCCGUGCGAAGCCUCAGCAUACACAACGACCAAUUCAGUUGCGGCCCUUGAAACCAUGCUGUGUGCUGUGUGUGAGCAUUUUGACGAUGACAGCACAAAGGACAUGGUUGACAAGGUGGUGAUUACCGAGAAGCCCCCGAUUUACUUCCAGCACCAGGGUCACUCAAUGACCAUCGUGGGAGUAGAAAGCAGGUCCGAUGGGCAUGUGAAUUUGGUUGUAUUCGACCCUAUGUUCAAUCCUAGUUCGGAUCUGAAGAACCUUGCACUGAACCAAACUCGGGCUUUCAGGUGUAAUGCGCCUGAAAGACUAAUGAGGGCUCACAGGAGAGGGGAGAGAUACCUGUCGAAGUACCGGGACUUCGAAUUGCUGAAGCUAGCAUCGAGCACGUCUUCAUCAGAAGAGUGA